AUGACGGCAAGGUCAAAGAGACGAUCCGGGGACGGUCUAAGAUGCUACCCGCCGGUCCUACCGCUUUUGGCUCUACUAUUCCUCUGUUCCUUUCUUGAUCGAACCAACGUCGGCAACGCAAAGAUUAUUGGCCUAGCCGAGGACCUUGGCAUCAGUAACAACCAAUACAACCAAGGCUUGGCCGUUUUCUAUGCGACAUACAUCGCGAGCGAACUGCCAAGCAACCUCGUCCUGAAGAAGGUCUCACCGCGGAUAUGGCUCCCCUUUCUUACCUGUGCUUGGGGUAUUGUUACCAUGUGUCUCGGCUUCGUCCGUAGCUACGGCAGCUUUGUCGCAGUCCGAGCAAUCCUGGGUCUGACUGAGGGUGGACUGCUUCCCGGAAUGGUGCUGUAUCUUUCUGGCUUGUACACCCGCGGCGAACUUGCACUGCGCAUUGGUAUCUUCUAUACGGCUGCAGGCUUGUCCGCGAUUGGUCCCGCGGCUGGCCUUGAAGGUUGGAGAUGGAUCUUCAUCAUUGAGGGUAUCAUUACGGUCGUGUGUGGAAUCAUUGCCGCCAUUGGCCUGCCAAACAACCUGGCGACGGCAAAGAUCUUAACGGAUGAAGAGCGAGAGUGGGCGCUGCUCCGGCUCCAAGGUCAUGCCGGGGACAGAUUUGACUCUUCACGCGAAAGAGAGGAGAAAUUUCGAUGGUCCGAAGUUGGUCGCGGCGUUUUCAACCUUCAGAUCUGGCUCAGCGCAACUGCCUACUUUGCCAUUCUGUCUGGUCUUUACUCCUUUGGUCUAUUCCUCCCGACAAUCAUCAACGAUAUGCAUAUCGCUUCCAAUUCCAACCAAGUUCAGCUUUGGUCUGUGAUCCCGUACGCGGUCGCGACCCCCGUUACAGUUCUCGUUGCUUUUCUUUCCGAUCGCCUCCGCCUACGUGGCACACUCAUGCUCUUCGUCCUACCCAUCUCCAUCGCGGGCUACGCAGCCAUCGCCAACGUCACGGCGCCACAGACAAGAUUCGCCAUGACAUGCCUUAUGGCCAUUGGCAUGUACAGUGCCGUUCCAUGCGUCUUGGUGUGGAACUCCAACAAUUCGGCUGGUCACUACAAGCGCGCGACAACGUCCGCGCUUCAGCUUGCCAUCGCCAACUGCGGCGGAUUCGUAGCGACCUUCAUCUACCCUAGCACUGAUGGCCCAUUGUACCAUAAGGGCCAUACCGUCAUUCUGGGACUGCUGUGCUACGCAUGGGUGGCAACCUUUAUAAAUGUUCUCUGGUGCGCCAAGAUCAACCGCGAUAAGGCUGCUGGGAAGUAUGAUCAGUUCGUUGGUACAGGCGAUGAUCGGGAACCUCACUUCAAGAUGGUGCUGUAG